AUGUCCUUCAGUGCCACCAUUCUCUUCUCCCCUCCCAGUGGCAGUGAGGCCAGAUGCUGCUGCUGUGCCUGUAAGAGUGAGACUAGCCAGGGCAGCUCGGGUUCUCAGGGUGGGAAUCCUCCUGCCGGCACCCCUAUCACAGUGACAGGGCACGGCCUGGCAGUUCAGAACUCUGAACAGCUCCUGCAUAUCAUCUACCAGCGGGUGGACAAGGCAGUGGGUCUAGCUGAGGCAGCCCUGGGUCUUGCUCGGGCCAACAACGAGUUGUUAAAACAGCUCCAGGAAGAAGUGGGUGCGCUACGGCAGGGGAAAGUGUGCACCGCUGAUGAAGAUGGGGAGAGCCGGGCCCGCAGCCCCCCGCCCGAAGAGCCUGGCCUGCUCAAGGGGAGUCCGGGAGAAGCCUGCAAGACACUCUCUGCCGUGGAGGAGGAGUGUGACAGCGUGGGCAGUGGCGUGCAGGUGGUGAUCGAGGAGCUGCGGCAGCUGGGGGCCGCCUCCACCGUGGGGCAGGGGCCCUUGGGCUUCUUCGCAGCCCCCCAGAGAGAUCUGCGGCUCCCAGGAUGUGCUCUGGCUGCGGUGGAGGGAGCCCCUCUGCUCAACCCCGUGGCGGAUGAUUAUGUGGCCUCUGAGGGCACAAUCCAACGGGUGCUGGUCCCUGCCUAUGCCAAACAGCUUUCACCAGCCACACAGCUGGCUAUCCAGAGGGCAUCCUCAGAAACAGGACCAGAAAAUGGCACCAAGCUACCAGCAGCCCACCCUGAGGACAUGCUUGGUUCGGCGGCACUGGACAGUGCCUUGGAAGAGUCGGGCCCUGGUGGCAACGGGGAGUUGAGCCGUUCCAUGGGAUUUAUUGGCUCCCCAUGCAGAAUCCGAGCAACCGGGCAGAAAAACUCCAGGCGCAAGCGAGAUCUGGUGCUCUCCAAACUGGUCCACAAUGUGCAUAACCACAUCACCAAUGACAAGAGAUUCAAUGGAUCUGAAAGCAUUAAGUCCUCUUGGAAUAUUUCAGUAGUGAAGUUCCUUUUGGAAAAGCUGAAGCAGGAACUGAUGACCAGUCCCCAUAACUACACUGAUAAGGAGCUGAAAGGAGCCUGUGUGGCCUACUUCCUUACCAAGAGGCGAGAGUACCGCAACUCUCUCAACCCUUUCAAAGGCCUGAAGGAGAAAGAAGAGAAGAAACUCCGAAGUCGCCGAUACCGGCUCUUUGCCAACCGAUCCAGUAUCAUGAGGCAUUUCGGACCCGAGGACCAACAGCUGUGGAAGGGUGUGACCGAAGAGCUGAUGUCAGACGAGGAAGACAGUCUUAACGAGCCGGGUGUGUGGGUGGCCCGCUCCCCCCGAUUCCGGUCCCAGCGCCUCACCGAGCUCUGCUACCACCUGGACGCGAACUCAAAGCAUGGCACCAAAGCCAACCGUGUGUACGGGCCUCCCUCAGACAGACUGCCUUCCGUGGAAGCCCAGCUCCUUCCACCCGAACUUUACAAUCCCAAUUUCCAAGAAGAGGAAGGAGGAGGCGGCGGCGGCGGCGGCGGCGGCGGCGGCAGCGAGAAAGGACCCGUCUCUCCGUCCUUCGACCAGCCUCACAAGGCAUCCUGCCCUGAUUUGAACUCAUUCAUCGAAAUCAAGGUGGAAAAGGAUGAAUACAAUCUCUAACAAGGGUCACGCUGACGCCUGCCACUCUCCGCAUCCCAGAAACGGGGGGGCUCAGCACAAUGAGGCGCCUCCUGCAGAUCUGCUUCUCUUAACAUAGUGUUUACUUGAAGUGGAAGCUGGAGACUCUGGUGGGAUAGCAGGGCAGGGGAGUGCCGCCCCCGCCCCGCCCUGCCCCAUUGAUAAGCCAGAAAAUGCUUAUUCCUAAGCAUAAACCGUGCCUCGGAGGAGCCUGGGAUGAAAAGGGGGGAUGGGUCAAAGAAACAUGAGGCCUUGAUACAUGUCCCUAUCUCUGACUUUAUCUGCCCCCCCCUUCCAUUCCCCCUACCCCCAACCCCCUUCGUUGUACCCACAGCUCAGGAGAAACACUGCGGGUCUUGUGCUGCCCUGGAAGCAGAACAGACCUGUCCAGGGUAAUACUGCCCCCUGGUGGGAAGUUUCAGUCAUGGGCUUUCUCUUCUGAGCAGGGUACUAUGGGCUUACCGCUAUUUGGAAAUUAGGGUCUAGAUAUGCUAGUUAUUGUUUGGAUUUUUUUAAUGAUAGUUAUUAUUUGUUGGAUUAUAUGAGAAAAAUUUAUUAUUCCAAUAUUACAUGUGAGGAAAUUAAAGCUUAACCAUUUCUCAUGUU